AUGCUGUUGCUACUGUCAUUGCUGCUGCUGCUGCUACUGCCGUUCUUACUGAUUUUCCUUUUGCUCCUACUGCAUGACGGCUGUGUUUUCCUCCAUCUAAGCAGUCACCAGCCUCAGAUGCUCAAGGUGAGAAGCCAGCCUUUCAUUCUGGGCUGUUGGUUCACUUAA